AUGGCAUCAUCCUCCAGCUCUUCCAAGUCUUCAUUGGCCAUGAUCAUGAAGGUGGCCGCGCUGGCCGUGGCACUGGUUUUGGUGGCGACUGAGGUGGACGGACAGAGCUGCAAUAGGCACUUGAGUGGACUGAACGUGUGUGGUGAGUUUGUCGUUCCUGGAGCCGACAAGACGAACCCGAGUGCCGAGUGUUGCAGCGCUCUCGAGGCAGUGCCGAGCGAAUGCCUUUGCAACACGAUGCGCAUUGCCUCUAGGCUCCCCACUCGCUGCAGCAUCCCUACACUCUCGUGCAGCUGA